AUGGAAAAUAUUUUGGAAAAAUCAACAUAUAAAUUGACUAUUUAUAAAUGACUAAUUUAUGAUGUGAAAGAGAUACAAAAUAUAUACGAUCUCGAAAAUUAUGGAAUAAAAAUAGAUGCUUUAUGGAAGAUUUACUUGCAUAAAUUUGAUACAAAAAUAAGAAAAUCAAAUAAUCUAUACAAUAAGUUAGAAGAAAACAUUAAUGGAUGAAGAAUUAAAAGACUUACAUGAAGAUAUCAUUGAAGAAAAAGAUAUACAUAUUUUUAG